AUGCUGUUCCGAUCCUACGCUCUUGCUCUGCUACCGGCAGUUGCCUUCUACGGUCCUGUCCAGGCCCAAGACCUUCGAACUUGCAAUGCCAAUCCACAAUGCGCCGCUCUCGGGUUGGCCGACGACUGCUGCCCCACCAACUUGGCUGGUAUUUUCCUAGAUUGCUGUGAUAACAAGGAAUCCGCGUGCGAUGCAAAUAGCGCCUGUGUGGGAUUAACUGGAGCUUGCUGUCCCACAGCUGAUGGCACCUUUUUGUACUGCUGUCUCAUGGAUGGCGAUGGAGGAUAUGAAUAUGAAUAUACCUACUAUGCCCAUGCCAGAGGAACAGAUGUUGGCAGCUACUGGCUGUCAACUGGCAGCGGGCGCAAUGUUGGGGCCUAUACUCAUAUUCGUCAGAUCGAGUACACGCGCAACCCCGAUGUUUUGUAUGAUCUUCUCUAUCUUACUGGAAACGUCCCUGAUGCGGGUGCCUAUGUCACUGGUGACAAGAAGUUCUCUAUGAAAAUCUCGGAUACAACGGCCCCUCCUUGUACACAGAUCAUUCUUCAGUUUGAGCACGUUCCCGUUUCGGAAAGUGCCCUCGUUAGCAAGCAACUCGACCCCGACCUCAUUCAACCCUACCCCAAGAAUCGCCACAGCCGUUACUUGGCCACCAUCCCUGAAGACGGCAACCAGCAACACAUUGUAUUCGAGUUCUUGGACCGUCCUGACGAUGCUGUGCCCGAUGAGGAUGUAAACGCUGUGGUCAUUUUGUUUGCUCCCGGAACCAACACGGCAGACAAAUUCACCUUUUACAAUUUGGAUUCCAACAAUGAGUGCAGCAAUGGUGGAGCUGCAUGCCAGCCAGCUCCGGUCAAUUCCUGCCCGGCGGUGUAUUUGACCGUGGAAGGUCUUGGAGACAGCACCAAGAGCGGUGGCAAUAGAACGAGGAGCCGUCUCCUUCAACCUGAGGACUGCUCAGAUUGCGCCAACCCUGCUUGUGUGGGAGAAGGCGACUGUGCCGUUGACAACAGUCAUAGUCAACUGACCCAUGAUGCGGACUUUGAUGAACCCGUGAACACGAAUACAACCACGACAGAGGAAGAGAUCACUACUAACGAUCCAGCUAGUGAAGAACCAGCCACCACGGAGGCUCCACCCACAACAGGAGGACAAGACACGACAACUCCCAGUGAUGGAAACGAACCAGUUGACUCCGUGGUUGAAAACGGAACGAAUGAUGAGGGGCAAGCGUCGGCUGGAGCCUCCUUGUUUGGAGGUGUAACCGUAACUGUUGGGGUUUUGGCCAUGGGACUGGCUUGGCUUUGAACCAAAUGAUGAACUCUCACAGAUUUGGACGUUGUAUGAGUACCGAUGUCUUAUGUUCUAGCUUUUAAAAAGAAAAUGAACUGUUUUUCAUAUGGUUACUGGAGCAUCAAGAUUGACACCAAAGCGUCAAUGGCAAAAGCCCAGAAGAUGCGUGAGAGAACUUUAGGAUGGACUCGGGUUUCA